AUGGUUGCUGACCCGUUUGUAACAGGAUGCCGCCUCCCUGGCAACGUUUCAUCUCCGGCCCAAUUCUGGGAUAUAAUGAUGAACAAGCGAACGGCGCCUCACUCGACAGUACCCUCAUCACGCUUCAAGAUAGAUGCCCAUCUCCACCCUAACAAUGAGAGCCCGGGCUCAUUCAACGUUCCUGGAGGCUACUUCCAGGAUAGUAACCUACACGAGUUUGAUCCUGGUCUGUUUAACAUCUCUCCAGUCGAGGCUAUGUGGAUGGAUCCGCAGCAGCGAAAACUGCUAAGAAGUAGUUUAUGA